ACCCCGCACCCCUGCCGGCCAGGCAGCGCGGAGGGCGGGGUCCGUGCGCCUGCGCGGAGUCGGAGUCCGGCAGGGCCGCAGCCGCGGGGUGGCGGGCGGUUGCCUUGGGGACAGGUAGGGUCCCUCCUUUCUCUGGUCUCUCGCCCCACGCCUCUCCCAACCUAGACGCGGCAGACGGACCCAGGGCCGAGCUGCAGACGGAGAGCCGGAGAGAAGUGGUCCUGCUCCCAAGAUGUCGCAGACGGCCAUGUCCGAAACCUACGAUUUUUUGUUUAAGUUCUUGGUUAUUGGAAAUGCAGGAACUGGCAAAUCUUGCUUACUUCAUCAGUUUAUUGAAAAAAAAUUCAAAGAUGACUCAAAUCAUACAAUAGGAGUGGAAUUUGGUUCAAAGAUAAUAAAUGUUGGUGGUAAAUAUGUAAAGUUACAGAUAUGGGAUACAGCAGGACAAGAACGAUUCAGGUCUGUGACCCGAAGUUAUUACAGAGGUGCAGCUGGAGCUCUCCUUGUCUAUGACAUCACCAGCCGAGAAACCUACAAUGCGCUUACUAAUUGGUUAACAGAUGCCAGAAUGCUGGCGAGUCAGAACAUUGUCAUCAUCCUCUGUGGGAACAAGAAGGACCUGGAUGCAGAUCGUGAAGUCACAUUCUUAGAAGCCUCCAGAUUUGCUCAAGAAAAUGAGCUGAUGUUUUUGGAAACAAGUGCACUAACAGGGGAGAAUGUAGAAGAGGCUUUUGUACAGUGUGCAAGAAAAAUACUUAACAAAAUUGAAUCAGUGAGCUUGGGGGAGAAUUCUGGGAUGCCAGCAUAAAUUGGGAGCGAUCAAUACAUAAAAAUAGCUGAAACUGUGGAAGGAAUGUGGUUAUGCACAGAGCGUUCUGGAUGACGAGAGCAGAGAUCAAGAACAGAACCCUGGAGAUGAAGGGUGAGCGGAAGGAGAAGAACCUGCCACAGAUUUGAAAAGGAAAUGGUCAAAAAUUAGUGAAAAAAACCAGGGGGACAUAGGGGUCAUUAAAGCCAAAAUUAUAAGCUACUCAAAAGAGUGUUCAUUGGUAAAUGUCUAGAGGAAGGUUUCCUAGCAAAGAACUGAGCUGCAAAAGGUACAUUAGGUGGGUGAGAGGAAGGCAGUAACCACCUUCAGCAAGAGCAGUUAGGAAAGUGGUGUCGGUAGCUGUCACUUAGGGAGCAAAUGGGAGGCUGUGGGAGGCUGGCCUGUUGGAAGACGUUCCAGCCCACCUCAGUGUGGGGUGUGAGGAAGGCUCAGGGA